GCUCGAGUGGAGUUGUAUAAAGAGAGCGCGCGGCGUCGGGGCGGGAGGCUCGAGGCCAGCCCGGGACCAGGGCUGGGCGCUGCAAAGCGGCGGCGCCGGCGGCAGAGGCGGCAGCGAGCGCCCGCGCUCCGACGCCCCCAGGCGGUGGGGCUGAGAGAGCCAGAGGCUGGCUCCGAGCGCCGACCCGGGUAUGGCCAGGAUGUCUUUGCUCCUGCUGCCGCUGUGGCUUCUGCCCCUCACUGGGGGAUCCCAGAGGGCUGAGCCCAUGUUCAGUGCAGUCACCAACUCAGUUCUGCCCCCUGACUAUGACAGCAACCCCACCCAGCUCAACUACGGAGUGGCAGUGACGGAUGUGGACCGUGACGGGGACUUCGAGAUCGUUGUGGCCGGGUACAAUGGCCCCAACCUGGUUCUGAAGUACAACCGAGCCCAGAAGCGGCUGGUGAACAUUGCGGUGGAUGAACGCAGCUCGCCCUACUAUGCUCUGAGGGACCGGCAGGGGAACGCCAUUGGGGUCACGGCCUGCGACAUCGAUGGGGAUGGCCGUGAGGAGAUCUACUUUCUCAACACCAAUAACGCCUUCUCGGGUGUGGCCACAUACACAGACAAGUUGUUCAAGUUCCGCAACAACCGCUGGGAAGACAUCCUAAGCGAUGACGUCAAUGUGGCCCGUGGAGUGGCCAGCCUCUUUGCGGGACGCUCAGUGGCCUGUGUGGACAGGACGGGCUCCGGACGAUACUCUAUCUACAUUGCGAACUACGCCUAUGGUGAUGUAGGGCCUGAUGCCCUCAUUGAAAUGGACCCUGAGGCCAGUGACCUGUCCCAGGGGAUCCUGGCACUCAGGGACGUGGCUGCUGAGGCUGGGGUCAGCAAGUACACAGCGGGCCGGGGUGUCAGCGUGGGCCCCAUCCUCAGCAACAGUGCCUCAGAUAUCUUCUGUGACAACGAGAACGGGCCCAACUUUCUCUUCCACAACCAAGGCAAUGGCACCUUCGUGGAUGCUGCGGCUAGUACCGGCGUAGAUGACCCUCACCAGCAUGGGCGAGGCGUGGCCCUGGCGGAUUUCAACCGUGACGGCAAAGUAGACAUCGUUUACGGCAACUGGAAUGGCCCGCACCGCCUCUACCUGCAGACGAGCGCUCACGGGAAGGCCCGAUUUAGGGACAUUGCCUCGCCUAAGUUUGCCAUGCCCUCCCCUGUCCGAACCGUUAUCGCUGCUGACUUUGACAAUGACCAGGAACUGGAAGUCUUCUUCAACAACAUUGCCUACAGAAGCUCGUCAGCUAAUCGCCUCUUCCGUGUUAUCCGCAGGGAGCACGGGGACCCUCUCAUCGAGGAGCUAAACCCUGGCGAUGCCCUAGAGCCUGAGGGCCGGGGUACAGGGGGCGUGGUGACGGACUUCGAUGGCGAUGGGAUGCUGGACCUCAUCUUGUCACAUGGAGAGUCCAUGGCUCAGCCUCUAUCUGUCUUCCGGGGUAAUCAGGGCUUCAGCAACAACUGGUUGCGUGUGGUACCCCGCACCCGGUUUGGGGCCUUUGCCAGGGGCGCCAAGGUUGUACUCUACACAAAGAAGAGUGGGGCGCACCUACGGAUCAUUGAUGGGGGCUCCGGCUACCUGUGUGAGAUGGAGCCUGUGGCACAUUUUGGCCUGGGAAGGGAUGAAGCCAGCAGUGUGGAGGUGACGUGGCCAGAUGGCAAGAUGGUGAGCCGCAGCGUGGCAAGCGGGGAGAUGAACUCGGUGUUGGAGAUCCUCUACCCUCGAGAUGAAGACAAACCUCAGGACACAGCCCUACUAGAGUGCGGCCAAGGAUUCUCCCAGCAGGACAAUGGCCAUUGCAUGGGCCGGAUUGGAGGGAAACGUGGAAGCCAGGAGGCCAGUAAGGCAGCCGCUGCAGAAAUCCAGACACCAAUGAGUGCAUCCAGUUCCCAUUCGUGUGCCCCCGAGACAAGCCCGUGUGUGUCAACACCUACGGAAGCUACAGGUGCCGGACCAAUAAGAGAUGCAACCGCGGCUAUGAACCCAACGAGGACGGCACAGCCUGUGUGGCUCAAGUGGCCUUUUUAGGUGGGUACUCUUCGGCUGCCUUUAGACUCUCUGAGCCUCUCUCUCGGGCCUCAUAUCUUUCUCUAGGCCUGGGACUUUGCCUUCAGUUAUAUGCACUUUAAAAUCCCAUCAAUAAAGGAAAAAAAAUUUAACAA